AUGGCUCACUCAAAGGAUCUCUUGGUGCUGGAAAACUUUAUAGGUGGCAAAUUUGUUUCUUGUUCCUCCUACAUAGACUCCUAUAAUCCGUCCACUGGAGAUGUCUAUUGCAGGGUGCCAGACAGUGGAGAAGAAGAGGUGGAAGCUGCUGUCAAAGCUGCCCAAGAUGCCUUCCCAGAUUGGUCCUCAAAAAGUCCAUUGGAAAGAUCUCAGAUCUUGAACAAAUUGGCAGACCUAAUUGAACAGGACCUGGAAGCUUUUGCAAAAGCAGAGUCAAAGGACCAGGGAAAAACUAUUACAUUUGCUAGAACAGUGGACAUCCCUCGGGCAGUGUACAACUUCCGAUUCUUUGCCUCUUCCAUCCUUCACCAUGUGACAGAGUGCACCGAGAUGGCAACCAUGGGCUGUGUGCAUUACACCUCGAGAGCCCCUGUGGGAGUUGCUGGUUUAAUUAGUCCUUGGAAUUUGCCACUAUAUUUGUUGACCUGGAAAAUAGCUCCUGCCAUUGCAUGUGGAAAUACUGUGGUUGCCAAGCCAAGCGAGAUGACGUCUGUCACAGCUUGGAUGAUGUGUAAGCUCUUGGACAAAGCAGGGGUACCACACGGGGUGGUGAAUGUGGUGUUUGGAACAGGCGCCAAGGCAGGAGAAGCCCUUGUCUGCCACCCCAAUGUGCCUCUGAUCUCUUUCACGGGGAGUACGCUGACUGCCCAGAGGAUCAUGGAGAAAAGUGCUCCACACUGCAAAAGGCUUUCACUGGAACUGGGAGGCAAAAACCCUGCCAUCAUCUUCGAUGAUGCUGACUUAAGCCAAUGCAUCCCCACAACCCUGAAGUCCAGCUUUGCCAACCAGGGUGAGAUCUGUCUCUGCACUUCCAGGAUCUUUGUUCAGAGAGGCAUAUACAGUGAGUUUUUGAAGUGGUUUGUGGCAGAGGCAAAGAAGUGGAAGGCUGGGAACCCCUCAGAUCCUACAGUCAGUGUGGGAGCACUAAUAAGUAAAGAACACCUAGAAAAGGUGAGAAGCUAUGUGAAGAGAGCCCAGGCUGAAGGAGCCAGAGUGCUCUGUGGAGAGGGAGUGGAUUCCUUAGAUCUCCCAGCUGGCAACAAGAAAGGCUAUUUCAUGUUGCCCACAGUUAUUGCUGAAGUGCAGGAUGAAUCUUGCUGCAUGCAAGAAGAGAUCUUUGGUCCUGUGACAUGUGUGGUAGCAUUUGAUACAGAAGAAGAAGUGAUCAAAAGGGCCAACAGUGUGAAGUAUGGCUUGGCAGCCACCGUGUGGUCCAGCAAUGUGGGACGUGUUCAUCGGGUGGCACGAAGACUACAGUCUGGAUUGGUGUGGACCAAUUGCUGGCUUAUUAGAGAUCUGAACUUGCCAUUUGGUGGGAUGAAAGCUUCGGGCAUAGGAAGGGAGGGAGCAAAGGAUUCCUACGAGUUCUUCACUGAGGUGAAAACCAUCACAAUAAAGCACUAACAUAUGUCAA